UCAUAAUUAAAUAUUCCACGAAAUUCAACCAAAGAAAGUAAUACAGUAGUAGCGACAGAAUUGAGCGGAAAAUGGACAAGAAAGGCAGUGUUUACGAUGAAAAUGGUGAUCGGUGUUCGUUUCCGGUGAAACUGGGUGAUUGUUUAGAAGAACUUGUUAGGUUCAGUUUCAGUUCUCGCUCUCACCAUCUCAAUCUUUCAUCCCAAUUCUGCUCCACUCUUCUCAAAGAUGACCCAACAUACCCAUCAUCCUCACACUCACAAUUACAACCACAUGAUUCUUUGGAAGGAGUGCCACCGUAUCCCUUAUACAAGCGUCUGCCUUCAGCUCUGUUGAGGUGUAUUGAUUCUGGAACGUUUUGUAGGACAGGCAGCAAUUUAGCCAUGGGCCAUGAAUUUGAAGAUUCUUCCAUACAGCAGAAACAACAACAGUGGCAAAAAUUGAUUCUGGAGAAGGGGUUUGAAAUAGGAAACGUAAAUAAUGCUGUGUUAACUGAUCCAUUUGUCCACUUUGUUGACUGCAUACGCUUGUUUCAGUAUAUUGUUUUGUUUCCACAGGUUUUGAAGGGUGUUUCCUUUGAACUCCACGUCCAAGAGCCUUUCUUUUCACAGCUAACUGAUGGCCUAAAAACAAUUGAAGGGAGGUGUGCUAGUGGGAAGUACAAUAGGAUUAAAUCAGGAAAUCUGAUUCUCUUUAACAAGUCUGUGGUUUUCGAAGUUCAGGGAGUAAGACGGUAUCCAACAUUCUUUGCCAUGUUAGAGGCAGAAAGCCUUGGAAAAGUUCUUCCAGGAGUUGAAAGUGGGGAAGAAGGUGUAAAAGUCUACCGGAGGUUCUACACAGAGGAGCAGGAACAUGAAAAUGGUGUUCUUGCAAUCAUUGUUUCAAAAUUCACCCCUCAACCAUACGAUUCUUUGGCUAGCUUAUUCUGUGGAUUAAGCUAUGAAGGUGUUCAAGGCCUUCUAGGUCUGAUGCAGACCACAGGGACAAUUUCUGAUGCAUUACCUCCGCCAAUAUCAACUCUAUUAGCCUCUUUUAAUUUUCCCUGCAAUCCAAAUGAAAAUGGCUUGACUCAUGGAGCUCGUGCGUUGGCCAAGCAUGCUUGUAGGAGUAUCGGUAGUUAUUGGGGUUCUCUAAAUGGAAACGAUUCUAAUAAAAAUAGGCUUGCAAAGGAUGCCAUUAACCGCUUAAUAUCACAUUGUUGUUGGCUGAAUGUGCAUACUGUCCCACCGCAUGGAGUUGUCUUUGAAAUAAGGGUUGCCGAUGGAUAUGGUGCCCGCUGGAAUGAAGAUGGAAGUAAGUUUAUCGGAUUUUUAGAGCCUUACAUGCAAGAUGGUCACUCAAAGGGAUGGAAGCACUAGUUAUGCUAGCUAGACCACAGCAACUGCAGCUUUGUAAUUGAACGUCACAACUUUUCCUUUUUUAUCGUUUGAUGGAGCUGUGUUAUGGUACAGUAUUUGUUUUUUAUCUCUUGACUGUAGCUAACACUCUAGCCUAUAUCUGAGAGUAAUCUACUUAAGGAGACUUCUGUAUAUAGAUAGAGGGUGGAGUCAGUAUAAAUGCUACUUGUUUCAUCUUGUACUUUCCAGAAGAAGUGUCCGUUUAGCCCAACUUGAUCAUUAAAAUAUGCUGACAAGUUCCAUAA